AUGAGAACUGGAGUGCGUGCAGUUCACCAGGCCCUCACUGCUGAGGUCGCCUCAGUUCUCAAGCUCUCCCUCGACCUGGCGGCGAGGAGAGGCCAUGCUCAGGUCACACCCCUCCAUGUUGCUGCCACCCUCAUCAGCUCCUCCUCUGCCUCCUCCGACUUACUCAGGAGAGCUUGCCUCAAGUCCCAGCCGCACCGCCCCUCUGCCUUCCACCACCCUCUCCACUGCAGAGCUCUUGAGCUCUGUUUCAAUGUGGCUCUCCACAGGCUUCCCGCCGCCACCUCUCCCUUCUCCGGCGCUCUCCUACCUUCCCCUCCCUCCCUCUCCAACUCUCUCAUCGCAGCCAUCAAGAGGGCCCAGGCCAACCAGCGAAAGGGCAGCAUUGAGCUCGACCAACAGCAGCCUCUGUUGGCCAUCAAGGUGGGAAUGGAACAACUCAUGCUCUCCAUUCUCGACGACCCCAGUGUGAGUAGGGUGAUGAGGGAGGCCGGUUUCUCUAGCAGAUGCAUCAAGAGCCAUCUCGAGGAAGAUGCCUAUGCUUUGAGCCAGUCCUCGCCGUCGCUGAGUGAGGACCUGAGGAUGGUUAUAGAAGCGAUGCUCAGGAAGCAGGGGAGCACCAACACCGUUGUGGUGGGGGACUCUGGCUCUUCGUUGGAAGGCCUUGUGGCCGAGCUGAUGAGGAGGUUUGGCAGGAGUGAGAUCCCCGACGAGCUCAGACACGCCAGUUUCAUGAAUCUACAACUCUCCCCUUCCCACCUCCGGCUCAUGCGUAAGGCCGAUGUGGAAUCGAAGGUAUCUGAUCUCCGAAGAACCAUCAAUUCUCUAGCAUCUGGUAGAAAUGGCAUCAUCAUCUACGCAGGCGACUUGAGUUGGGCAGUGGAUGAUGAAGCAACGGAGCACAUGGUUGCUGCGAUGGGCAGCCUGCUCUCUGAGUUCAAUAGCAGCGCAAAGAACAGGGUCUGGCUGUUGGCCACCGCAAGCUACGGCACCUACCGGAAGUGCCAAACAAGGCAGCCUUCUCUCGAAAUUCUAUGGUCCCUCCAAGCUGUGGUGGUUCCCUCAGGUUGGCUUGGCUUGGGCCUCCAAGCCUCCAGUAGCCUCGAUUCGAGGGUGUCAAAUAUCUGCCAACUCCCCGUUGAACUACUCGAUCUGCAGCGCCAACUGCAAGAGGAAAUCCCUUGGCGAUAA